CAUGAGUUUUCAAGCACCAACACUCUCCAUUGUCCCCAAGAAAACCAAACUCUUCCCUCUUCGCUCCUCCACGAACCGCGAAACCUAGCCAUGGGAUCCAAACCCUUAGACAAUAACAACAAUACUAUUAAGUUUCUCUAUAGCUAUGGCGGCAAGAUUCGUCCCCGCCGCACCGACGGCAUGCUCCGUUACUGCGGCGGCCACACCAGAGUCCUCGCCCUCAAUCCCUCCGCUUCUUUCUCAGAGUUGAUGGCGAAGCUUAGCGAGUCGUGCGGUUCGCCGGUGAAGCUUAGGUGUCCAUUGCCGAACGGAGAUUUGGACACUUUAGUUUCCGUCACCAACGACGAAGAUUUGGCCAAUAUAAUUGAGGAAUCCGAUCGAGCUUCUUCGUCGUUGCCUCAACCGUUGAAAAUCAGAGCCAUUCUUUCGCCGCCAAAGAAAUUGUCUCCCGCUACGUCUUCUUCGUCCAGUGCCACUCCCUCUCCGUCCGGUUCGUCUCACUCCUCUUCCGCCGAUUCCCUCCCGCCCUCGGCGGCGCAUCGGUUCGUUCGGCGGUACUGCUCGCCGGCGCCGGUAAUUGGCGUCCGUAACGGAACGGGGAAAGGAUGUUGGUGCACGGGGCAUUUGGAGAGAAGUCCAAGAUUCCUUUACCGUGGGCCUCACCGGAAUAAUUAUUGCUAUUGAUGCAGAGUCAUGUUCUUAUUUGUGGACAGAAAUUAUAAAUAGUUUGUUU